CCGGUUGGCUCCCUUAAUUUUAUCUACAGAAUUGGCAUUUCUGGUCCAAUGUUUGCUGGAGACGGAUGCACGUCACGAUAAGAUCGCGCGAUACUAUGAUGAAACGCUUGUCGCCUUAUCCAUCCAUUUGCUUGCUCGUGCUCGUGACAUUUCACAGCCAGCUGGUUUGUGCUAGUUAUCAAGGGCGUUACACACGCGCCGCUUAUUUGCCAGACGAGCACGAACUCGUGAUACCGCGAAAGGUCAGAUCGGACGGGAGUUUCGUGUCUCAUCAGAUACCUCAUCACUACGAGCGUUCCUUUUAUCGAAAUCGGACGACGUCAGAACCCGCGGUUCACUAUCGCCUGCAUAUCGAUCACGAGGAGCAUCACAUCGAACUCUACCCAAAUCAUCGACUCCUCGGGCCAGGAGCGAUAAUCGAGAAACGUCGAGAAUCGCAGGACUUUUUGAGUAAUAUGCAACUGAAACGAUUGCGGGACACGCAAUGUCACUACCGUGCCCGCGUGCGUAAACAGUCGGAGAACAGCGCGCUGUCCACCUGUUAUGGACUCGUCGGAUACAUUAAAACAAAACGCGCUUGGUACAUGAUCGAGCCGAUAGCGCGACAUGAUUUCACCAAAGAAGCGAGACAUCCGCAUAUCGUGUAUAAAAGAAGCCCGGACGAAUUUCAAAGCGUCGCCAUGCAGGAUCUCUGCAACGUCGUCGGCAAUACGUCCAGGAUCAUUGCCAAGCGUGCUUUGAAUUCACGGAAGAGAGUGCUCGCAAAAUCAAACGAGAGCAAAACGUACACGGUGGAGCUGCUGGUGGUGUUGGACAAGUCUUUGCUGAAUUAUCACAGAGAAUCCGACGUCGAAAAUUAUGCAGGAGGAUUGUUUCACGACGUCAGUUUAGGCGUUCACGUGCAGUUGGCUAUAGUGAGGAUUGUAAGAUUGGAGGUGGAAGAAAAUGAGAUGAAUUUGUCAAUAAAUCGGAACGCGGAAACAACGUUAAGACACUUCCAAGAAUGGCAGCGCACCAUGAAUCCUGGCGACGAUUCUCACCCGAAUCACCACGACUGCGCGAUUCUGCUUAGCAGGUUGAAUAUCUGCGUCUCGAGGAACCUCUGUGGUUUCACCGGCACGUCGACGAUCGCUGGUACGUGCGAUCCUUUGAGAGGCGCAGCCAUUGUGAGAGACGCCGGUCUGCCAACCGGUUAUCACAUAGCUCAUCAGAUAGGCCACACCCUGGGUAUGUCCCACGACGUUGAGCGGGAGAACGGCUGCCACGGCAUAGUUUAUCACGGGAACGGAUACGUGGAGACCACCGUUAUGCAUCCGGGCGACAUGUACGUCACGAAAAAAUGGUCCGAGUGCUCCAGGCGCUACUUGCGCUCGUACAUCGAGCAGGGAUUGGCGUUCUGUUUAAAGGACGAGCCGCGGGAUCAUCAUUUCCCCGCAGCGCAGAUGUUGCCGGGCGUAAUGUAUGAUGGUGACGAUCAAUGCCGUUUGCGAUAUCGACAGGACGCUCGGCAAUGCGAGAUGGGAAUUACCUGUGAAACUCUCAGGUGCGCCAUACCGGGUAGAGGUUGCGUGUCUGGUAGGAAACCGCCCGCGGAGGGCACGCCGUGCGGCGAGAAGAGGUGGUGUUACCAGAUGAAGUGCCUGAUGGUAGGAGAACGACCCGGAGUCACAGACGGCGGCUGGAGCGCCUGGUCGUCCUGGAGCAGAUGUUCCCGUACCUGCGGCUCCGGCGUGGCGUACGCCGUAAGAAAAUGCGAUCAGCCAACCCCAUCCGGAGGUGGCUCUUACUGCGUCGGCGACAGAAAGCGUUACAAAAUCUGCGCGACUAACCCCUGCGAAAUCGGCGCGCCAUCGUUUCGCGACGUUCAGUGCGCCGAAUUUAACGACUGGGUGUUCCCGGAGGACGGGAAAGUUCAUCGCUGGAUGGCGUACAAUCUGCCGGAAGACUUGAGAAAAUCCGAAAAUCCCUGCGCCCUUUACUGCACAAACGAAGCUAAUCUGGUGACCUCGUUGAGACCGGAAGUGGUAGACGGCACCACGUGCUAUAGAGGUAUUCGCGACAUUUGCAUCGGUGGUGUGUGCAGGGAGAUACCUUGUGAUCUAGAUAUGGAAUCCGCCGCCGUCGAAGACGUUUGCGGUAUCUGCAGAGGCAACGGCACGUCGUGCACGCUGAAGCAAGGAACUGCGUCGUUUACGGACGAACCACGGCUCAAGAAGAUAACGGACGUGCCGGCUGGCUCCAGGAAUAUCCGCGUCGAGGAAACGGAACCGACCAAAUCGAGGAUCGUGGUGCGCACGAAAAACACGAGAACCGCGUUGAUCGAUGGUAACCGUCUAGGAAUGUUCGACGUGCCGGGAUCCAAGGCGUGGCUGGGAAUGAUAAGACCGAGGCAGGAAGCUUUGAAUAUACCAGGACCCGUCACCGAGGACUUGAUUAUAUUGGUCUUACCGAAGGAGAACGUCACGUUGAAAUACUCGUUAGGAUUGAAGCAACGAACUCCCCGCAAACCCGUGUUCUCUUGGGGCUUUAUCGACUGGGAUAGAUGUUCGGCAGGUUGCGGACCGGGAGAACAGAUAUCGAAACCACGUUGCAUCGAGAAAAUCGGCGGAUUGGUGGACGAUAAGUUUUGCAGAAAUAUCACGAAACCAGACGCAAAGGUCAGGCCGUGCAAUCAAGCCCCCUGCGUGCCGAGGUGA